AUGGACUUUGGGUACGACGAGCACGGCAACAGGCUGGAGCCUGACGACAGCAGCAGCGGCAGCAGCAGCUACGACGGCAGCGGCCAGGAGGUCGCCUCUGUGAGCGACGACAAUGCCUGGCAGCGGGAGGGAGGCGGCAGUAGCGAUGAGGACGACGACGAUGGCUCACUCCAGCAGCAGCGGCGGCGGCGAAGGCGGCAUCGUGGGAGCUCCACUGAUGCUGAAACAAGUGAUUCAAGCAGUGACUUUAGCAACGACGUGGAACUCGUUAUUGGCGAGGCGGCAACACAAUCCCUCGCUGAGCCGCUGGUGGAGGGGAAGGACGUCGUCUCGCGUCCCCGGGCGACGGGGGCACAGGGUAAGUUUCUCGUGGAGGACCGGCGUGUGGCACCGCUGCUUAUUCAAGACGUUCAUGCGGCACCGUCGUCGGAGCGUGGCUUUCUAGAUCUCCUGCGCGGCAUCCCGGCGCGGCAGCGCAACGUGGCCCUCAUUGGCCACCUGCACCACGGCAAAACGUCGCUGCUCACCAUGCUGCUUGGGGGUCGCGCGUACCGCCAGCGUGAGGAUGAGGUGGAGCGCAAAAUCUCUGUGAAGAGCAGCGUCGUGACGGAGAUUGUGUCCGGGGCCCACUUCCAGCAGGCGUCGCACCUUGUCAGCUUCUGCGACACCCCCGGCCAUCCCGACUUCGCGGCGGAGACGGCGGCAGCCCUGCGCCUGGCAGACGCCGCCAUGUUUUGCGUUGACGCCGUUGAGUCCGUCACACGCAACGCCGUCCGACUGCUGCGACAGGCGGUGCUGCAGGAGGGCCUACCUGUGAUUCUUGUCAUCACGAAGGUUGAUCGCCUCAUCAUGGACCUCAAGCUGCCGCCGAUGGACGCCUACCGCAAGCUGCGGAUGGUGGUGGACGCCGUCAACAACGAGAUCGCCGGCUUUGGCUCCCCAUUUCUUGUCUCCCCGGCGAACGGCACCGUCUGCUUCGCCUCCGCAAAGCUGGGCUUCUGCUUCACAGCGGAGACCUUCGCGCUGAAGUACAGCCGCGAGUACCCUUCCGUUGACCCAGCCGCGCUGUCGCAGCAGCUCUGGGGGCAGGUUGCCCUCGAGAAGGGCCGCUUCGUGAGGAUCACCAACUUCACCCAGAGACCUGCCUUCGUCACGCUGGUUCUUGAACCGCUCUACAAAAUUGUCGCCCACGCGUUGACCGGCAAGGGACACGAGGCUCUUAGCAGCAGGCUGCACCCGCUCCCACGGGACCCCGUCGCUGCGGCUCGCGAGGCCAUCCAGCUCUUCUGUGGCGACGCGGCGUCGGAGGGCAUUGACGCCCUUCUCAAUGUGAUGCCGCAGCCGGAUGCGCGCUCGGAGUGGCUUCGACUGCGCUAUGGCCUUGUGUGUGAGGCGGAAAACUCGGCGAUUGCCAUUGCGCCGCUGCUGCGUUCGCAAAAAAACGGUGAAGAAAAUUUUGCCGUUGUUCGCGUGCUGCAUGGUGUUUUACAACGAAAUAUGAAGCUGGUCGUGGUGGAUGAGCACUCCAGCGACGCGGAGCCGUUCUAUACAUUUGUCGUCAAGGAGCUGCUGCUGAAGAUGCUCAACGGGCUCGUGGAUGUGGAUUGCGCCUAUGCAGGCCAGGUGGUUCUUCUCACUGGCUUUGGUACGCGACCCGGGAGCCAUCUUGUGCUGGUGGGGGGCGCCAUCGCCGCUCCCCUGCUGCUGGAGGAGGAGGAGGACGCCGCUGACGUGGGGGACGCCACAUCCGGGGCAUGGCUUGACGAGGCGCGGGUUUAUCCGCUCAACUGCGGGGAUCCGAUGGUGCACGUUGGGGUGGAGCUGAAAGACCCCACGAAGAGCGCAGAGCUGCAGCGCGGACUGCAGAUUCUCGUACGCACAACCCCCGGGCUUGAUGCCCACAAGGAAGAAACAGGCGAGUUCACCCUCACCGGGUAUGGCGAGUUGCACCUUGACACCACUCUGCACGAGCUACGCUGUGGCCUCUGCAAGGGCGUAAAACUUGGAAUCUCACAGCCGUUCGUCUCCUUUUCGGAGACGGUGCUGGAACAGAAUGGCGUGCUGGCCGUGAGCGGCCCCAAGCGGGCACAGGUUGGCUGCACAAGUGGCUCCCUGAACCGCCAGCUGGUGGAUCUCGUGGAGUACGAGCAGGUCGACCUCUUUCCCCGUGAGAGUAGCGGCGUUGUCAAGCUCUGGACGACGCUGCGGCGACAUGGUAUGGACGCGCUGGACUCCCAACACGUUAUGGCGGCGGGCCCCCACGCGACGAAGGGCCCAAGCCUGCUCAUUAACGACACUAUUGAGGAGGAGCAGCGGCAAUUUGCGCCGCUGACGCAGCAGCGUUUGCAGGCCAUGGCCGUUGGCUUUCGCUCUGCCGUGGCGUCUGGUCCACUCACCGGCGACGUGGUCCGUGGCGUCGCGGUGCGACUCGUAUUUGCAGACGUGGAGGCGGAGGUGAAGGAUGCGGCGGUCAUUUCCAUCGCGCGGACGACGGUGAAGCAGGCGCUUCUUGGCGGGCAGCCGCGCCUCCUUGAGCCGGUGCUUGCCGUCGACAUCACGUGUCCCCCCGAGUGUGUCGGAAAACUUUCCGAGAUCCUGCAGAUGCGUCGGGGAGGCAUUUUGGCGGAGGAUCCGAUUGCCGCCACAACGCUUGUGUGUGUGCGGGCGCUGGUGCCGGCGAUGGACAGCUUUGGCCUGGAGACGCAAGUGCGCAUGGCGACGCAGGGCGAGGCGUUCCCGCUCUUCAGCUUCGACCGCUGGGACCUCGUGCCCGGCGACCCAUUCGACGCGACCAUCCACGUCCCGCCGCUGCAGCCGGCACGCGGCUACCAGCUGGCGCGGGACUUCACGCUCAAGACGCGCUUUCGAAAAGGCCUUCCACCACUCCUCGCGGAGUUUCAGGCGUGA